UGACUCAAACUACCCGGAAGUGUAGCCGACAACACCGAUCAAACCAAACAGGUGGAUUUUAUGUGUUACUUUAACUUUAAUAAUUGUCUUUUUUAUGCUUGGAAAGUCAACGCGGACCUCACGUGUUGUUUACAGUGAGGCAGCGUGAACAGCACGUGAAGGAGACGCGUUUGUGGCACUCCCAGCCUUCCAUAUGAUGACCCAGCAACACGCAUUCCUGCGCGGGUUCGUUGUUUUGUUGUGAAAAUGGUUUCAGGUUUACCGCCCGCGGUACUUUCUUUAAAGCAGUACCUGCAGAGGCAGAAGGUGCUGGGGAUCUACAGAACCAUGCUGAGGACCAUUCGGCAGGUUCCGGACCAGGCAGACCGGAAGUACCUGAGAGACUGGGCCAGGCAGGAGUUCAAGAGGAACAAGAAUGCCAGCGACCAGGACGCGAUUCGAAUGAUGGUCUCUCAGGCCAGCAGACACCUGGAGGAGCUACAGAAAACUCUGGCUCUGGCCAGAAGUUAGCAGUCCCUGACCUUCUGAGAUGACCACUUCAUGAUGUGGUUCAUCUGAGACUGACCUGUGUGUGAAUAAAGAAACCAAACCAGA